AUGGAAAACACCCAGAAUGUCAGACAGGUCCUGAAAAGGAAGCGGGAAAAUGAGGGCCACGAUGACAAUUUUCAAGUAGGGGAUCUCGUCCUGAGAAAAAACGUACGAGAGGAAAACAGAAAGGGUGGCAAGAUGGGCCGAGGGAUGUUGGGGCCUUUAAAAAUCAUAAAGCUUGAAAAUAAAAGUGCUGACCUGCGGGUCCCGCGGCAUUGGAGAGAAGGGGAGCAAACCCCGGAAACAGCCUCACCACCACCAUCAUCGCCAUCUCCACCAGCAGCUCCCUCCCUGCCACCUACAGCUCCAUCCCCCCCACUAUCAUCUCCAUCCCCGCCAGCAGCUCCCUCCCUGCCACCUACCACUCCAUCCCUGCCACCAUCAUCUCCAUCCCUGCCACCUACAGCUCCCUCCCUGCCACUAACAUCUCCAUCCCCGCCACCAGCAGCUCCAUCCACGCCACCAGCAGCUCCAUCCCCGUCACCAGCACCAUCGCCACCACCACUUCCACCAGCAGCAGCUCCAUCUCCAUCAGGAGCAAUACCAGCAGAAGCUGA